GCCGUAUUCCUGACUUACAGCAAAGUUUUGGACACAAACCUUGAUUCAUUGAAGUUGGUUUUGGGUACGGGGUUUGAGAUCUUAAGCGGACAACGGCGCAAAGACACACUGACGCGGAAUCAUGCCUCUGCGUCUGGACAUAAAGCGUAAGCUGACGGCUCGCUCAGACCGAGUGAAAAGUGUGGACCUGCACCCCACAGAGCCCUGGAUGGUCAUCAGCCUGUACAGCGGAACUGUGGUCGUCUGGAACCACCAGUCUCAGAGCAUUGUGAAAACCUUCGAGCUGUGUGACCUGCCUGUUCGAGUGGCAAAGUUUGUUGCUAGGAAACACUGGGUCAUCACAGGCUCAGAUGACAUGCAGAUCCGAGUGUUUAAUUACAACACUUUGGAGAGAGUUCACAUGUUCGAGGCUCACGCUGAUUAUAUCCGCUGCAUCGCCGUUUACCCAUCACAGCCCUACAUCCUCACCAGCAGCGAUGACAUGUUGAUCAAGCUGUGGGAUUGGGAAAAGAAGUGGCUGUGCUGUCAGGUGUUUGAGGGACACACACAUUAUGUCAUGCAGAUCGUCAUUAACCCAAAAGACAACAACCAGUUCGCCAGCGCCUCUCUGGAUAGGACCAUCAAGGUGUGGCAGCUGGGAUCCAAAACUCCAAACUUCACUCUGGAGGGCCAUGAGAAGGGGGUGAACUGUAUCGACUAUUACUGUGGAGGAGACAAGCCUUAUCUCAUAUCAGGGGCUGACGACCACCUGGUCAAAAUAUGGGACUAUCAGAACAAAACCUGCGUUCAGACUCUGGAGGGUCAUGCCCAGAACGUUACCUGUGUUUCAUUUCACCCUGAACUACCAAUCAUCCUCACUGGCUCUGAAGAUGGCACAGUCCGUGUUUGGCACUCCAACACAUAUAGACUGGAGAACACUUUGAACUAUGGCAUGGAGCGAGUCUGGUGCAUCUGCAGUCAGUCCGGUUCUAACAGUGUGGCUCUGGGCUACGAUGAAGGCAGCAUCAUCAUCAAGUUGGGCCGUGAGGAGCCGGCAAUGUCGAUGGACUCCAGUGGGAAGGUGAUGUGGGCGCGACACUCUGAGGUGCAGCAGGCCAACCUGAAGGCUCUGGGGGACACGGAGGUCAAGGACGGAGAGAGGCUCCCCCUAGGGGUAAAGGACAUGGGUAGCUGUGAAAUCUACCCCCAGACCAUCCAGCACAGUCCCAACGGGAGAUUUGUUGUGGUGUGUGGAGAUGGAGAGUACAUCAUCUACACAGCCAUGGCCCUGAGGAACAAAAGCUUCGGCACAGCUCAGGAGUUUGUCUGGGCUCACGACUCCUCACAAUACGCCAUACGAGAAGGCGGUAACAAAGUCAAAAUCUUCAAGAAUUUUAAAGAGAAAAAGGCUUUUAAACCUGACUUGGGAUGUGAAGGUAUCUUUGGUGGCUUUCUUCUUGGUGUUAGGUCCAACAGUGGUCUGGCCUUUUACGACUGGGACAGUGCUGACCUUAUCCGCCGCAUUGAAAUCCAACCUAAGCAUGUGUUCUGGUCUGACUCUGGAGAGCUGGUGUGCAUUGCCACAGAGGAGUCCUUUUUUGUGCUGCGGUACAUGACGGAGAAAGUAACAGCUGCUCUGGAGAAGAAAGAAGAUAUAACAGAGGACGGGAUCGAGGAUGCUUUUGACGUCCUGGGAGAGGUGCAGGAGGUGGUGAAAACGGGAGUGUGGGUUGGAGACUGCUUCAUCUACACCAGCUCUGUGAACAGACUCAACUACUAUGUCGGAGGAGAGAUCAUCACGGUCGCUCACCUGGACAGGACAAUGUAUCUUCUGGGUUACAUUCCCAAAGACGAUCGGCUGUACCUGGGGGAUAAGGAGCUGAACAUUGUGAGUUUUUGGCUGCUGCUCUCUGUGUUGGAGUAUCAGACGGCUGUGAUGAGGAGAGACUUCACCACUGCAGACCGAGUCCUGCCCACCAUCCCCAAAGAGCAAAGGCCCAGGGUUGCACACUUCCUCGAAAAACAGGGCUUCAAGCAGCAGGCUCUGGCAGUAACCACAGAUCCAGAGCACAAGUUUGAACUGGCUCUGCAGCUUGGGGAACUCAAGAUUGCCUACCAGCUGGCCCUGGAGGCAGAGUCUGAACACAAGUGGAAGCAGCUGGCAGAACUGGCCACUACAAAAUGCCACUUCAGCCUGGCUCAGGAGUGUCUGCACCAUGCUCAGGAUUAUGGGGGAUUACUGCUGCUGGCCACUGCCUCCGGAAACGCUCACAUGGUGGGCAAACUGGGCGAGGGAGCGGACGCAGAUGGAAAGACCAACGUGGCCUUCCUUGCCUAUUUCAUGCAGGGCAGACUGGACAAAUGCCUCGACCUUCUGAUCAAAACGGAUCGGUUGCCAGAGGCGGCGUUUCUGGCAAGAACAUACCUGCCCAGCCAAGUGUCAAGGGUGGUGAAACUGUGGAAGGAGAGUCUGUCUAAGGUGAACCAGAAGGCAGCCGAUGCUCUGGCUGACCCGUCCAGCUACAGUAAUCUGUUCCCGGGGCUACAGCGCGCCCUGGUGGCAGAGCGCUACCUGGAGGAGACUCAUGUCGGGGUCAGGCCUGCUGCAGAAUACACUCUCAUCAUGCCAAAUGAGGACCGUAAUGUUGUGGAAGAAUCAGAAGGUUUUAUCCCUAAAGAAGAGUCAAAGGUUUCCCCCAAUGAGGAAACUGAUGUUAUGGAAGAUUCUACUGGCAUUAGCACUAAAGAGGAGCCAGUUGAGCCUACGGAAAUAUUUGAUCACAUAGCUAAAUCUGAAGUUGCUGCUGUUGUGGAAAACUCUAUAUCUGUAAAAGAAGAAAUUAUUGAAACAGAAACACCAAAAGAAGUUGUUGAGCAGGUUGUUGAAAGUGUACCAGUGCCUGUUGUGUCAAACUCUAUACCAGAAGAAGUUGAGGAUGAGGUGAAACCAAUUGCAACUCUCAUUGAACCAGUGGUUCCCAUACAGGAAACCACAACUCUGGCUGCAGAAACUAAAUCUACAACUGAGGAAAUCCGUGUCGAAGAGGUUACUCUAAUAGAAACACCAACUGAGGAGGCCAUGGUCAAUGUUGAAAGCACAACUACAGUGACAACAUUUGAAGAAACAACAGUAGAGACUAAAUCAGUAUCCACGUCCAUUGAGUCAGUCCCAACAGAAGAAGAAGAAUUUACAGAAGCACCUCAGUCAGAAAUAAAGGAGGAGGCUGGAAACACGUUUACAUCUGAAGAAAAUGAUUUGGCACAUCCAGUUACAGAAAUUACCAAUUCAGACCCAGAUAUUGCAUUAGACAGUUCUGAAAUCGAGGAAAAUGUUGCAUCACUUGAGGAAGAUUUACAAGAAAAUUCUCAAGUAUCUGUUUUAACCGAGGAGGAUAUGAUUAAAAACCCAAUGACAACAGACGAGCUCCUAGAUGUUACUAUGGAAACUACAAAUCUAAUACCAUCAAUGGCAACCAGUGACGAGGUUGUUUAUGAAGAAGUGAGGGUGAAAGAGUCAGCCAUUUUGGAAGACCCAGUUUUGGUUGAAGAUGUUACAGCGCCAGUCGAAAGUGUUAAGGAAAUGGCACCGCAAGAUGUAAUGGAGGAACAGCUAAUUUCGUUUGACUCCAUGGCAACGGAGGAGGCGCCUAACCAAACUGCAGCGCAAACUUUAGCUGGGUUGUCGCUCAGUCCAAUGCUUGAACCAACGGUAGAAACAUCACCAGUUCUGUUGGAUAAAGUAGAGGAUGAGUUGGACAUGGGAAAGCUGGAUUUUGUUCCAGAGGUGUUGAGUGCUGGUCCGGAGGCUCUGAGUGCAGGACCAGUCGUAACAGAACAGAAAGUGGAACUAAAGGCUGAAGACAAGCCACCAAAACAGCCCCAAGAGGAGGAUGAGGGACUUGAUGAUCUGGAUUUCGACAAUUUCGACUUGGGAGAUUUUGACCCUGCUGACGUCAACUUGGACGAUGAUUUCUUGGAUGAAAACUAAUGAGCUCUUAUCUUAAUGGCCAAAGAAGAAAGACUUGGACCAGAAUGCCAGGAACUAGACUUUAAAUUGAGUCUUUAAAUGUAUUUUUUAUUUGUCAUGGAAGUAAACAAUAUUUUUAACUACUAAAUGUUUUUAAGCUAUUCAAAUGCAAGAACAAUCAUGGAGUGUCAGUUGUUUACAGAAUCUGCAUUUUUUUCCUGAGUUCUUUUCUGUUGGUAGUACUGGCUUUAGUACCUUUUCUUAAUACCUCAACAUUUACCUCCUGCUAGCUUAUCAAGGUUCUACAUUGUAAAUAGUCUGCCUUCUUACAUAUGACCUUUUAAACAGUAAACGUGAGACUUACAUUUAUUUUAAAGUGCCUGUUUUUCUAUAAACACUAAUUCACAUACAGAGAUUUAUGUAUAAUUGAACUGUGUUUUUUCAUUAAAGUAACAAUCUGAACUCAA